GACACAUGGCUACAUGAAUUUGAAAACUGCUACACUGUCAAAUUUGACUAGCUUUGUAACAUUUCGCUUGAAACAUGAAACUGCUAAAAGUUCCAAAUAUAGAGGAAGUUCCUUACAAAUUAGGCGACCUUGAACGCACCAACAUUUUAUUGCUAGGCUGGUUUGCGCUAGGUAGGAAGGCAAAAUUACAGAAUGUGCAAAGUUUCUUCAGGAAAUAGCAACCGAAAAUAAAAAAAAAGUCGUUUUUAAAAAAUGAAUCUUGUUUAGACCAGCACCCAUUUCUUGGCAUUGGACGAUGGAGCACAUUUUAACGCCAAAGGUGGAAGAAGUGAAAUUGUUGGAUCGAUACACUGCAAAGAAGCCAGCCAUUGGCACUCUCUAUCUAACAGCAACCCAUCUAAUCUUUGUGGAGACCUCCUGUAACACUCGCAAGGAAACCUGGAUGUUACACCAUCUCAUAGCCACAGUAGAGAAACUCCCUCUUACAGCCAUGGGAUGCCCACUUCACAUUUCCUGCAAGAAUUUCCAUGUGGCUCACUUUGUCAUUUCCAGUGAGAGGGACUGCCAAAAUGUUCAUCAGUCCCUGGUCAGACUCUCCCAACCAGGGAAAGUGGAAGAGUUGUAUGCUUUUCUUUACAACCCAAAACAAGAUGAAGAUGAGAGAAGAAAUGGUUGGGGCUUUAUUGACUCAGCCAUGGAUUUCAAAAGAAUGGGAUUGCCCAAUGAGUUUUGGGAAAUGACAGACCUCAACAAGAACUAUGAGCUUUGCAGCACAUAUCACUCAGAACUGGGCAUUCCUAAAACCGCAAGCAAGGGCACAGUCUUUGGGAGUGCCAAAUUCAGGAGCAGGGGGCGCAUUCCUACUCUCUCCUACUACCACAAGGAAAGUAAUGCUGCCAUUUGCCGCUGUAGCCAGCCCCUGUCCGGGUUAAGUGCUCGGUGUGUAGAAGAUGAGGAGAUGCUACAGGCAAUCAGCCGGGCUAAUCCCAAAAGCACCUUCAUGUAUGUGGUGGAUACCAGGCCUAAGGUAAUAAAUACACUUUCAGAUAAUUAUAUUGCUAAUUUCCCCCGUAUGUUUCAAUUGCCCCAUCCUAAUCCAAACCAUCCUGCUUUUUUUCCACAGUUGAAUGCAAUGGCCAAUAGAGCAGCAGGGAAGGGAUACGAGAAUGAGGACAACUACUCAAACAUCUGCUUUCAGUUUGUGGGCAUUGAGAAUAUCCAUGUCAUGAGGAACAGUCUGCAGAAGCUUCUGGAAGUGUGUGCUAUGAAGUCUCCAACAAUGAGUGACUACUUGACGGGACUGGAGAAUUCUGGUUGGCUGCGUCACAUCAAGGCUGUGAUGGAUGCUGGAGUAUUUCUGGCUAAGGCUGUGGCUGAGGAUAAGGCUAGUGUGCUUGUACACUGCUCAGAUGGCUGGGAUCGCACAGCUCAGGUGUGUUCUUUGGCAAGCAUCCUCUUGGACCCCUUCUAUCGUACCAUCAAGGGACUCAUGGUUUUGAUAGAAAAAGAAUGGAUAUCUAUGGGGCAUAAAUUCACACAAAGGUGUGGGCAUGUGGAUGGGGAUCCCAAGGAGGUGUCUCCUGUAUUCACCCAGUUCAUUGAAUGUCUUUGGAAUCUCAUGGAGCAGUACCCCUGUGGCUUUGAGUACAACGAGAAGUACCUUUUGGAAAUCCACAACCAUGUUUACUCCUGCCAGUUUGGAAAUUUCAUUGGCAACUGCCAAAGAGAGCGAGAGGAGAUGCGACUUUAUGAGAGGACCUUCUCAGUUUGGCCAUUUCUCUGGGAGAACCGCCAUCAGUACAGAAAUCCUCUGCACAAAUGCUCAUUAGGGAGGGAGGUUCUGAGGCCAAGCACAUUGCCGUUGAAUUUCAAGUUUUGGUGUGGCAUGUAUAAUCAUUUUGACAAGGGCAUGCAGCCAAAGCAGUCCAUUCUGGAUCACCUGUUAACCAUAACACAGAAAAAGGCAGAGGGUGAGAAGAAAAUGACAGAUCUCCAGAUAUUGGCAGUCAUGGAUGGUGUUCUGGCAGAUCAGGGCAGUCCAACAGGCACGCCACCUGAACAAACCUCUUUGUCUCCUGUAUCGGUUAGCCACACAGCCGAAAAUGCUAAACCACUCAUGAAUGGCGCUGCAGUGGAGGAGGCUGAAAUAGAGUUGGUACCUACUGCAGGGAGCGAGAAGAUGGAACCAGUAGCUAUAGAAAAUUGAGUUACUGCCACAAAGGGCACAGUUGUUUCCAUGGAGAUCAAAUAUGUCAGAGGAGGGACAAAGUUCCUCUGAAAUAACCACUGAAGCAGUUAAGCUUGUGGUCUGAUUAUCCAAUCUGUUAGUUGACUGAGCAAAUUACAGCCUUAUUGAUGAAACAAAUUCUGAUCCAAUUCUUUAGCAGCCAUAGAAGUUGAACAUUUAUUCAACAAUUUAUUUUACAACCUUUUUUGGGGGAUAAAUACAGUGUCUUUGGAAAGUAUUCAGACCGCUUGACUUAUUCCACAGUUUGUUACGUUACAGCCUUAUUAACAAUUUUUACAACUGUAUUACUAUGUUAUGUUGUGUUUACUCAGUACUUUGAAAUCGCUGCCAAAGGUGCUUCAACAGCCUCGAGCUACACGCUUGGUACACCUGUAUUCGGGGAGUUUCUCCCAUUAUUCUCUGCAGAUCCUCUCAGGCUCUGUCAGGUUGGAUGGGGAGCGUCGCUGCACAACUAUUUUCAGGGCUCUCUAGAGAUGUUCAAUCAGGUUCAAGUCCGGGCUCUAGCAGGGCCACUCAAGGGCAUUCAGAGACUUGUCCCGAAGCCACUCCUGCAUUGUCUUGGCUCUAUGCUUGGUUUCAUCAGACCAGAGUAUCUUGUUUCUCAUGUUCUGAGAUUCCUUUAGGUGCCUUUUGGCAAACUCCAAGCGGCCUGUCAUGUGCCUUUUACUGAGGAGUGGCUUCCGUCUGGCCACUCUACUGUAAAGGCCUGAUUGGUUUGGCCGGGCGGCGAGCUCUAGGAAGAUUUUUGGUGGUUCCAAACUUCUUCCGUUUAAGAAUGAUGGAGGCCCUUCAAUGCAGCAGAUUUUUAUUUUGUACCUUCCCCCAGAUCUGUGCCUCGACACAAUUCUGUCUCGGAGGUCUGCGGACAAAUCUUUCAACCUCAUGGCUUGGUCUUUGCUCUGAAAUGCCCCGUCAACUAUGGGACCUUUUUAUAUAGACAGGUGUGUUCCUUUGCAAAUCAUUUUCAGUCAAUUGAAUUUACCACAGGUGGUCUCCAAGUUGUAGAAACAUCUCAAGGAUGAUCAAUGAAAACAGGAUGCACCUGAGCUCAAUUUCGAGUCUCAUAGCUGAAUACUUAUGUAAAUAUUCAUCUUUAUUUUUUAUUCAUUUGCAAAAAUAUCUAGAAUCCUGUUUUUUUUUGCUUUGUCAUAUUUAGUGUAGAUUAGGGGGAAUAAAAAAUAAUUUUAGAAUAAGACUGUAAUGUAACAAAAUGUGGAGAAAGUCAAGGGGUCUGAAUACAUUUGGAAUGCCAUAUAUAUAUUAUAUAUAUAUAUAAGUACCAGUCAAAAGUUUGGACACACCUACUCAUUCAAGGGUUUUUCUUAUAUUUUUUCUACUUUGUAGAAUAAUAGUGAAGACAAACUAAUAACACAUAUGGAAUCAGGUAGUAACCAAUAGUGUUAAAUAAAUCAAAGUAUAUUUUUAUAUGGGUGGGCAGGUAGCCUAGUGGUUAGAGCAUUGGACUAGUAACCGAAAGGUUGCAAAAUCAAAUCCCCGAGCUGACAAAGUACAAAUCUGUCGUUCUGCCCCUGUUUAAGGCAGUUAAUCCUCUAUUCCUGGGUCGUCAUUGAAAAUAAGAAUUUGUUCUUAACUGACUUGUCUAGUUAAAUAAAGGUCAAAUAAAUAUUUGAGAUUCCUCAAAGUAGCUACCCUUUGCCUUGACAGCUUUGCAUGGUCUUGGCAUUCUCUCAACCAGCUUCAUGAGGUAGUCACUUGGAAUGGAUUUCAAUUAACCUAACAAUUAGCCUUGUUAAAAGUUAAUUUGUGGAAUUUCUUUCCUUAAUGCGUUUGAGCCGAUCAGUUGUGUUCUGAGAACGUAGGGUUGGUAUACAGAAGAUAGCCCUAUUUGGUAAAAUACCAAGUCCAUAUUAUGCCAAGAACAGCUCAAACAAACAAAGAGAAAUUAGUCCAUAAUUUUAAGGCAUGAAGGUCAGUCAAUGCAGUUUCUUCAAGUGCAGUUGCAAAAACCAAGUGCUGUGAUGUAACUGGCUCUCAUGAGUAGGACCGCCACAGGAAAGGAAGACCCAGAGUUACCUUCAUUAGAUUUAACUACACCUCAGAUUGCAGCCCAAAUAAAUGCUUCAGAGUUCACUUAACAGACACAUCUCUACAUCAACUGUUCAGAGGAGACUGCUUGAAUCAAGCCUUCAUGGUCAAAUUGCUGCAAAGAAACCACUACUAAAGGACACCAAUAAUAAGAAGAGACUUGCUUGGGCCAAGAAACACGAGCAAUGGAUAUUAGACCGGUGGAAAUCUGUCCUUUGGUCUGAUGAGUCCAAAUUUUAGAUUUUUGGUUCCAACUGCCGUGUCUUUGUGAGACGCAGAGUAGGUGAACGGAUGAUCUCUGCAUGUGUGGUUCCCACCGUGAAGCAUGGAGGAGGAGAAGUGGGGGUGCUUUGCUGGUGACACUGUGAAUUAUUUUCGAAUUCAAGGCACAUCACAGCAUUCUGCAGCGAUACACCAUCCCAUCUUGUUUGCCCUUAGUCCCACUAUCAUUUGUUUUUCAACAGGACAAUUACCCAACACACCUCCAGGUUGUGUAAGGGCUAUUUGACAAAGAAGCAGAGUGAUGGAGUGCUGAAUCAGAUGACCUGGCCUCCACAAUCACCUGACCUUAACCAAAUUGAGAUGUUUUGUGAUGAGUUGGACCGCAGAGUAAAGGAAUAGCAGCCAACAAUACUCAGCAUAUGUGGGAACUCCUUCAAGACUGUUGGAAAAGCAUUCCAGGUGAAGCUGGUUGAGAGAAUGCCAAGAGUGUGCAAAGCUUUCAUCAAGGCAAAGGGAUCUCAAAUAUAAAAUAUAUUUAGAUUUGUUUAACACUUUUAGGUUACUACAUGAUUCCUACAUGAUGUGUUAUUUCAUAGUAUUUAUGUCUUCACCAUUGUUCUACAAUGUAGAAAAUAUUCCAAAUAAAGAAAAACCUUUGAAUGACUAGGUAUCCUCCUUGCUUGCACACGCUUUUUCAGUUCUGCCCACAAAUGUUCAAUAUGAUUGAGGUCAGGGCUUUGUGAUGACCACUCCAAUACCUUGACUAUGUCCUUAAGCCAUUUUGCCACAACUUUGAAAAUAUGUUAGGGGUCAUUGUCCAUUUGUAAGACCCAUUUGCGACCAAGCUUUAACUUCCUGACUGAUGUCUUGAGAUGUUGCUUCAAUAUAUCUCCAUCAUUUUCCUGCCUCAUGAAGCGAUCUAUUUUGUGAAGUGCAAACAGUUCUAUUUUUGUUUCAUCGGACCAGAGGACAUUUCUCCAAAAAGUAUGAUCUUUGUUCCCAUGUGCAGUUGCAAUCCGUAGUUUGGCUUUUUUUAUGGCGGUUUUGGAGCAAUGGCUUCUUCCUUGCUGAGCGCCCCUUCAGGUUAUGCCGAUAUAGGACUUGUUUUACUAUGGAUAUAGAUACUUUUGUACCUGUUUCCUCCAGCAUCUUCACAAGGUCCUUUGCUGUUCUGGGAUUGAUUUUCACUUUUCGCACCAAAGUACAUUAAUCUCUAGGAGACAGAACGCGUCUUCUUCCUUCCUUUUUCUGAGGUCUUGGUUGAUUUCUUUUGAUUCUCCCAUGAUGAGUUUGAAGGUAGGCCUUGAAAUACAUCCACAGGUACACCUCCAAUUGACUCAAAUUCGAUCAAUUAGCCUAUCAGAAGCUUCUAAAGCCAUGACAUCAUUUGUUUGAAGUUUCCAAGCUGUUUAAAGGCACAGUCAACUUAGUGCAUGUAAACUUCUGACCCACUGGAAUUGUGAUACAGUCAAUUAUAAGUGAAAUUAUCAGUCUGUAAACAAUUGUUGGAAAAAUUACUUGUGUCAUGCACAAAGUAGAUCUCCUAACUGACUUGCCAAAACUAUAGUUUGUUAGCAAUAAAUUUGUGGAAACUAGUUUUAAUGACUCCAACCUAAGUGAAUGUAUACUUCUGACUUCAACUGUAUUUAGUAUCCCAUAGAAACCCACUCUAUGGCAUAAUAAAUGUUGAGGCUCUGUAUGAAUCAAAGAUACUGAAAUACUCCCCAACAAAGGGAAUAUGCUGUAAAAGUAUAGACCUAAGUUUGGUUUAAUUUUGCAAUGUAAUGAUUGUUAAAGGUGCAAUAUGCUAAAAUUCAAAUAGUUGUACCUUAUAUCAGUUUCACAAAACGAGCAGUCAUUGUGUAGAGAAUCAUUUCACCAUCUAUCCCGCUACAAAAAUAUGUUUUCCAUAACCAAUUAUAUUGUAUUUUCAGCUGUUUGAAUCUAGUGUACCAAAACUAAAGUGAAAGACUCAAACAAAACUUAAGAACGGGGAGCAUAGAAGUAGUGCACAUAGAACAGAUAUACCACUUCUUACACUUGCUUUUAAUGAGAAUGACAGAUCUGUAACUCACUUUUCUAUGUGACUUUGGUUGGGUCGCCCAAAAAGUUACAUAUUGCAGUUUAAAUGAGAGAGAUUCACUGAAAAUUGUUGUUUUUAUGCAUUUUAUAAUGCCCUUUUAUUGUACUGCAAACAUGCUGAAUAUGCUCUACAUGUGUCUUUGUUAUUUGCAACAACAUUUUAAUGAAUUGAUAUCUGCCUUUUCUUGUCACUUUCUUGAAAUGCCAUUUUGUAGAAAAGGACCAAAUAAAUGCAAAACUGUUUAUGUAGAAAGAAUAGCACAGCCUGAACAAAUUGCAAUGCAUGGAUCUUUUUCAAACAUGUCAGAGUACAAAAGAGGCUGUACCAGAGAUGAGGCAUGUGUGAAUUUAAAAGCAAUGAUCAAAUGUGUUCUUUAUAUUUCUUUGCAGGUUUUUCUAGAAUGUUGAGGCCAGUAAUAUAAAGUGUUCUUUCUCAUCUGUGAUUUCAAGGUUGUGAUAAUGCAUAGUUUGCGAUCAACUGUAACAAAUUUAUUUCCAACAAAAUGAUUGCACUUUUAUUUGUUUGAGUUGCCAAACCACAUUUUUAAGGCAAUAUAGUUUAUCUGAAUGGACUGUGUGUCAUUGUAGCAUGGAGCAAAUUACAUUAUGUUUACAUUCUCCAUAAUCAAGUGCAACCUGUGAGAUGCAGCGAGAAAGAAAUACACCAGCCAGAGGGUCAUUUCCAUUAUUUCAGGGGGCUUUGAAUGUGAGAAGUUCAUUCUAGUGUAUAAAGGGAAUUUGCAAGCAGAUAAUUUGAUGUAAUGGAAAUGUGUAGGAUGUUAAAUGUAAAGGGAAUUUAAUAUACUGCAAUGUCACUGUGCAGGAAGAGCAAUCAAUUUUCAAUCAAAAGUUGAGCAAUGAACACCACGCUGAUGGGAACAAUUUUUGUACAAUUUAAGUUUCUGAAUAUUCUUAAAUGUAUACCCAAAAUGUGUGUGUGUGUGUGAUGGUAUUUGUUUUGAGCUAGAGAAUCAUGUGUUUGACUCCUAAUUGAAUCCCUUUGCUUAAUGAUGGGCAUUUUGUCUUUUCCAUUGACCCUUUUGGAAAUUAUCAGAAUAUAGUGACUUGCAAAAGUA